CAGUACUAGUCCUCGCAUUGUCUCUCCUCUUCCUCAUCUCUCCCCUCUCCUUACUCAAGACCAAAACAGAUGGUGGAGAACCAGCAGCAGAACAUCUGCCAGGUCGCUGAACAACUACAGAAAGCAUCGAGCCAAGUCAUGUCAGCGUCCGAGGGCAACUAGAUAUUUGGCGCGCGUUUUCUUGUUUCACCUUUCACAACGGCUGCCGAGGGAGGACCGCGCGCGCGUCUGUCUGGGCUCUCCAACGAGAGAAGAAGAUGGCCGCCAUUAAGAUAUUAACCAGCGCUGGGCUUUUCUUGGCGUUGUGUGCACUGGUCUUGUUGGCCAUGGCUAUCUGCACCGAUUACUGGUACGAGACGGAUGCUCGGCGGCACCGCGAGCGUUGUAAGAACUACGCAAACAAGCGUAACGAUCCCGGAUACAUUUACAUCUCAAAUCACAACUUGCCUCUCCAGAUGCCUCCAAAGGGCUACGAGAGGAAAGAGAUGGGGGCGGUUGGAGAACCGUCUUCUCGCGUGAAGCGGCACGCUGUGGCUUCCGCGACGGCUAUGGAGUCUCACUGCAGCCGCCAGUUUAACUCCACGAUCUCCGGUCUGUGGAGAAAGUGUCACCGCGAAGGGUUUGACCUGGAGACCGAUGAUCUAAUUUACAAAGGGUUGAUUCAGAGAUGCACCCCUGUGAAGUACCAUUACACCUCUUCAAUCCUGCCACAAAAUCUUCCUGUCAACAUCACCAAGACCAUCCGGCAAGAUGAGUGGCAUGCCCUUCAUCUGCGCAGGAUGACAGCAGGGUUUGUGGGCAUGGCUGUCUCUAUCAUCAUUUUUGGCUGGAUCGUUGGAGUUCUUGGAUGCUGCCAAGAACAUGAUCUCAUGCAGUAUGUAGCUGGACUACUCUUCCUCAUGGGCGGAACCUGCUGUAUUAUCUCCCUUUGUACAUGUGUGGCGGGAAUUAACUUCGAGCUGUCCCGUUACCCUCGUUACCUGUACGGCCUUCCAGAGGACAUCAGUCAUGGGUAUGGCUGGUCCAUGUUCUGUGCCUGGGGCGGACUGGGUCUCACCCUGCUGGCUGGUUUCUUAUGCACACUGGCCCCUUCCUUAAGCAACCCCUUGGCCCGCACCACUGUUCACAAGUCCAGGCACGAAAAUGGGAUAGUGUGAUCAAAGACUUCUGGAGCAACCUUGCUGCAACAUCUACUCAACAUGUAUACAGCAUCUAUGUAAAGACUUCUGACUAAUUCAUACAGUAUAAUGACUAGAUCAUCACUCUGGCUCUUUUCAUAUGACUCAGGGGGCUUUCUGGCCCUUCUACAAGUGAUCAGUCACCACUUUCAACACAACUUGUGUACAUCAUUUAGUUAAUUGUACGAACAUUUAAAGACACUGCUGUCCUGCAUGACCAGAGCAAAUGGAGACAAAGGAGUCACACGCACAGUCCACUUGUACUGAGUAUCUUCCACCCUCUCACAUGUCUUACUCUGGCCCCUGAUGGCACAAAACCCAAUGAGAAUUUUCACUGCUCUCCUUCUCUCUCUCUGCAUAAUGACAGAGAGGCAAGCUAAAAGCGACUGUCUUCUUCUCUUCAAGAGGAUUCCUACUAAAAUGGUGCUCUCUUUUCACAAUCUCACAACUGCACAGAAUAAUUUCAAAAGAUGUCAGGAGGACAGACAAAUCCAUGACAAAACAUGUUUUCUUAUAGCUGUGGAAAGCAAUGAAAAAGAGAGACACACAUAUAUCUGUUACUAGAGCUUUGACAAGCAAAUUUCCUAAGGCCUCAAGAGUCUAUGUAUAAAAAUAUAUUUAUUUAUUUAUUUAUUUAUUAUUAUUUCAGGUCUACCUUUGAAAUUAUGCUUGGAUACAAAUUAAGCCUUUUCACUCUUUGUUGUGAUUGUAACGAUUGGUGAUCUGGCUUGGUCUGUGGUACAGUUGCUGUUCAAAGUAAUUUGACCAAAUGUAUUACUUAAUGGCAUGUGAAUUAUUGACCCAAUUUGUUUAAAAAUGUUUGUGGGGGUUAUUUUUGAAUUUGUCACGAAGUAUUGCUGUUGAGAGCACAACAUGGUGGAAAUCAGAGUUAUGAAAGUUCAGGAGCUCAGCACCUUGAUACCACAACUGAAUGUUGUUGAAUCCACCUUUUACAGAAGGCUGAAGGCUGUUUUCGUUUUCCGGUCUCCAGUGUUUUCACUCAUUUCGGCAUAUGUUUUUAGCACAUAAUGUGAUGUUUAGCAUAUUAAAUUUGUAAAUAUUGCCAAAUAAAAAAGGUGUGGAUACAUAGUGCCAAUACUUUACAGAGUCACGAUGACCGUCUGUUGACAGUGACUCACCCGUGUGAGUUGAUGACAUGAAGCGAUGGCUCGAAGUUAGUUAUGUUACAGGGAUAGUGUAGGACUUUCUUUCUUCUGCUGAACACAAACAAAGAUUUUUAGAAGAAUAUUUCAGCUCUGUA